AUGGCACCAGCCCCGACCGAUUCGCCAUCUCAGGCAGAUACCCCUAUGACUGAUGCUUACGACGAUGCUAUUCCUUCGAUCCCCGUCGAUAGUGCAGACGCGCCUCAGAGCUAUCAGGACACCCCCGAGUACACGGACUCGGAUACAAAUCCCAACACAACUGCCAGUAGUGUCGCAGGCGACCUUCAAGCAGAUGGACGUCGUCGCAGAUCAGAAGCCACGCAAUUGAGAAAAAGUCUCCUGGGCAAGAAGCACGGUCGUUUGGACGAGUCCAAGGACGAUGAUUCUAUCCGCCGGUUCAGAUAUCUCCUUGGCCUUACCGACCUGUUCCGCCAUUUUAUUGAGACAAACCCCAACCCUCGCAUCAAGGAGAUCAUGGCCGAGAUUGAUCGUCAGAAUGAGGAAAAGACUGCGAAGGCUCGGAAGGGCUCCUCUCGCUCGGGCGGUGCAAGCGGCGAUCGGCGACGUCGAACAGAGCAAGAAGAGGAUGCUGAGCUUCUGCAGGAUGAGAAGCGGGGCGGCGACAGCACCACCAUUUUCCGCGAGUCACCCGCUUUUAUUCAUGGAGAACUCCGAGAUUACCAGAUCGCCGGUCUGAACUGGCUCGUAUCUCUUCACGAAAAUGGAAUUUCCGGUAUUCUGGCCGAUGAAAUGGGUCUGGGAAAGACACUGCAAACGAUCUCAUUCCUCGGUUACCUACGAUUCAUUUGCGAUAUCACUGGACCGCAUCUGGUGGCCGUACCCAAGUCCACCCUCGACAACUGGAAGCGCGAGUUUGCAAAGUGGAUUCCUGGCAUCGACGUUCUCGUUUUGCAAGGAGACAAAGAUGAAAGACAGCGCUUGAUCAAUGAGAGGUUGGCUGACGAAAAUUUUGACGUCUGCAUCACCAGCUACGAGAUGAUUCUUCGCGAAAAGUCUGCGCUGAAAAAGCUUCCUUGGGAAUACAUCAUCAUCGACGAGGCCCACCGCAUCAAGAAUGAGGAGUCCUCCCUCUCCCAAAUCAUUCGUCUAUUCAACUCUCGUAAUCGUCUGUUGAUCACUGGAACUCCCCUGCAAAACAACUUGCACGAGCUUUGGGCGCUCCUGAACUUUUUGCUUCCUGACGUCUUCGGUGACUCGGAGGCAUUCGACCAGUGGUUCUCUGGUCAAGAUUCAGACCAGGACACAGUCGUGCAACAGCUGCAUCGUGUCUUGCGGCCCUUUUUGCCGCGCCGAGUCAAGAGUGACGUGGAAAAAAGUUUGUUGCCAAAGCAAGAGAUUAAUCUGUACGUCCCCAUGGCCGAUAUGCAGCGAAAGUGGUAUCAGAAAAUUCUCGAGAAGGACAUCGAUGCGGUCAACGGCGCAGGUGGGAAGCGCGAGUCGAAAACUCGACUGCUGAACAUCGUGAUGCAGUUGCGCAAGUGCUGCAAUCACCCGUACUUGUUUGAAGGUGCUGAGCCCGGUCCACCCUACACGACCGAUGAGCAUCUGGUGUACAAUUCGGGCAAGAUGUCCAUUCUCGACAAGCUACUCAAGCGCAUGAAGGCUGACGGCAGCCGUGUUCUGAUCUUUUCACAAAUGAGUCGUGUUCUUGAUAUUCUGGAAGAUUACUGUUGCUUCCGAGACUACAAAUACUGCCGCAUUGACGGAUCCACCGCGCACGAAGACCGAAUUGCAGCCAUUGACGACUACAACAAACCGGGAUCUGAGAAAUUUAUCUUCCUUCUCACUACACGCGCUGGUGGCCUGGGUAUCAACUUGACAACCGCGGACAUUGUGGUGCUGUUUGACAGUGAUUGGAAUCCCCAGGCUGAUUUACAAGCCAUGGAUCGUGCGCACCGAAUCGGUCAAACCAAGCAGGUCAAAGUGUUCCGCUUUGUGACAGAGAAUGCGAUCGAGGAAAAGGUUCUGGAGCGGGCGGCCCAAAAACUUCGUUUGGAUCAACUGGUAAUCCAGCAAGGCAGAGCGCAGCAGGGAUCCAACAAGGCCGCUUCAAAGGACGAGUUGCUCGGUAUGAUUCAGCAUGGUGCCGCCAAUGUGUUCAGCAAUGAGCCCACCGAUGCCACUUCAAAGGAUCUCACUGAAGACGACUUUGAGGCCAUUCUGAGAAAGGGUGAAGAGAGAACGGCGGAGUUGAACAAGAAAUAUGAGUCACUGGGAAUCGAUGAUUUGCAGAAAUUUAGCUCCGAAAGUGCUUACGAGUGGAACGGUAAGGAUUUCACCGAUCGCAAGAAGGAUAUCGGUAUGACAUGGAUCAAUCCUGCCAAGCGUGAGCGCAAGGAGCAGUUCUACUCUAUCGACAAGUAUUACCGUCAGGCCCUGGCCACCGGUGGUCGCACCGCUGACACCAAGCCCAAGGUGCCACGCCCUCCAAAGCAGAUCUCUAUCCACGACUGGCAGUUCUUCCCGCCCGAGUUGCAAGAGCUGCAGGCGCAGGAGACGGCCUGGCAUCAGAAGCAGAUCGGCCACAAGGCGGAGCUGCCAGAAGGUCCCGAGGAGACCCUCAGCGAGCGCGAGGCAGACCGUGAAUUGGCCCAAUACACCAUCGACAACGCUCAGCCUCUCACAGAGGAAGAGCAGGCCAAGAAGGCUGCCAUGACAGAAGAGGGAUUCUCAACUUGGAAUCGUCGUGACUUCCAGCAAUUCGUCAAUGGCUCCGCUAAGUUUGGGCGCACAGACUACGACGGGAUCGCUACUGAGAUUGACAGCAAAGAGCCCGAUGAGAUCAAGGAGUAUGCUGCAGUCUUUUGGGAGCGAUAUUCUGAGAUUGAGGAUUACCCCAAAUACCUGAGGGUGAUUGAGCAGGGAGAGGAGAAGCUGAGGAAGAUGAAUCACCAGCGCAAGAUGCUUCGCAAAAAGAUGGAGAUGUAUCGUGUCCCUCUUCAACAGCUCAAGAUCAACUACACCGUGUCCACUACCAACAAGAAAGUCUAUACCGAGGAAGAGGAUCGCUUCCUGCUGGUCAUGCUUGACAAAUACGGAGUGGAAGGAGACGGUUUGUUUGAGAAGAUCCGCGAUGAGAUCCGUGAAUCCCCUCUCUUCCGAUUCGACUGGUUCUUCUUGAGUCGAACACCCGUCGAGAUUAGCCGCCGCUGCACGACGCUACUCAAUACCGUGGCUAAGGAGUUCGAAGCUGAUUCCAAGGAGUCCAAGGAUUCCAAGGCCAAUGGAGAGGGUAAGGGGCGUGGACGCGCCCGUGAUGAAGAGGAAGAACAAGAUGACGCAACCCCUGCAAAGAAGAAGGCUAAGAACGGCACUGUGGCAAAACAAGCCAAAACAGCCAAAGGGGGUAAGAAUGCAUCUACAGCGACCUCAAGAGCGGCUAGCGUGGCCAACGCACCAAAGUCAAAGUCUCGAAGGCGAUAA